AUGCUACGUUUUGCCCGGCUCUUGAGCAGAAGCGCCACUCGCCUCGAGAAAAACCCGUUGAUCCAUGAGAACGGCUUGUACUACGGAAAGUUCACAAAGGAGGAGUACGAAGAAGCCCGCAAGUUUGUUACGACACAAUAUGAGAAGCUCCAACAAGAAAUCAAAGGAACACACAAUGUGCGGGAAAACAUCGGCAAAAUGCCCCAGUUCCCGGCCCAGGGCCCAUCUCGCUCGGUCCAGAACUUGCUGGACUUCUUUUCGGAAACAAUAAAGACGACCGGCCCUGUCUCGCUUUCGGCAUACAUGAGACAGUGUCUUACGCAUCCAGACUUUGGGUAUUAUACUACACGCGACCCUCUAGCGGCAGGAGGAGAUUUUAUCACGUCGCCCGAGAUCUCGUCUGUCUUUGGCGAGAUGAUUGGCAUGUGGCUUUUUUCCGUGUGGCAAGCACAGGGCCUGCCGCAGAAAAUCCAGGUGGUGGAAUUUGGCCCGGGAAGAGGCACUUUGAUCCAUGAUGCCAUGGCUGUGUUCAACCGCUUUGCCAAGGUGUCUGUGUCCAUAGUUUUGAUCGAAGCGUCGCCAGUGCUCCGGAAAGAACAGGCCAAGCUCUUGUGUCCUGGCGUUGAACAAUUUGAGAAAGUGCCUACACCAGAGAAUCCUGCUGGGUUCGACUCGUGUCUUUCUAAGUGGGGCCAUCGUGUGAUGUGGGUCGACACGGAGAAGGACGUUCCCUCAGAAGUGAGUUAUGUGGUUGCACAUGAGUUUUUCGAUGCUUUGCCUAUCAAGUCGUUUGUUCGCAAAGAAGAAGGCUGGCGAGAGUUGUUGGUGGACUCGGCAGAUCACAGACCAGCCCUUUCGGGACUUGAGAGCCCUGCGCCGGCUGAUUCCACGUCUGACUCGACUGCUACCGACUCCAGCCUGUCUACAUCGGGCUUAACUGCUACAUCAGACACAACUGCUACAUCGGACACUUCUACAUCGGACUCCGGUUCAACCUCCAACGGCCCAACAGAUUCUCUCUUUUUGACCACAGCUCCCCGUGAAACUCCGUCGUCGGCCAUUCCCUCGGUUAGUCCUCGCUUCCGUGACUUGCCAGUCGGUUCCCGAGUGGAGAUCUGUCCUGAUGCUGAACUUUACUUGCUGCGCAUAGUGGAACUUGUCAAGAAGGGGCAGAAUGCUGGAGCAGCGCUUAUCAUCGACUAUGGUCUAGCCAACGACAUUCCACUGAACUCUCUCCGUGGAAUUUACAAGCACAAGUUUGUGUCGCCGUUUUUCAGCCCUGGUAACGUGGACUUGUCUGUGGAUGUGGAUUUUGAGAACUUGCGGCUUCUUGCUGCGCCGCAUGUCGAUGUGUUUGGCCCUACAGAACAAGGUGAUUUCCUCCACGAGCUUGGUAUAGGUGUUCGUUUCGACCAGCUAAUUCAAAGAGCCAACCUGAUGGCCAAUAAAGAACUGCUUUACGAGUCAUAUGUGCGGUUGACGGGAAAAGAUGAGAACAGCAUGGGCAAGAUCUACAAGUUUUUGGCCUUGUUACCGAAGAAUUCGACCAGGCCUGCUGGUUUUGGCACAGACUAG